AUGGCGAGAGGACGAGGCAAACAAGAUGGAGGGCGUGGUGAUGGAGGUCGUGGUGAGGCGACGCGUCACUCGCGCCACACGCAAGGACUGCCUGCGGAAGAGCACAAGGACCUGGAUGUCAUCAGCCGGGAGAAUCGUGCGCGGAAGAAGGCAGAACGGGACGCCAAAGCGGCUGCAGAGCAAGAGCAGAAGGCCACAGAGAAUGCUGCCCAAGACGACCAAGUGUCGACGGAGGCGGCAGAAUCGGCCCCAAGUUCAAGCUCCAAGCCUGGAGGUGUCGAAGAAGAGCAGGCUCAGAACCCUGAGUCUGCGCCGGCAUCUGAGGGAGGCGUCAAUGUGGGUGAGCCCCCGGCGGCGGAUCGAGUUUUGGACUCUCCGCCGCCGGAUCAAGAUGUGGAAGUGCUCAAGGUAGUUCCAGCCAAGGUCAAGGUCGAAGUGAUCGAGAUCGAGGAUUCGGAAGCCGAGGCGGAGUCAGCGCUUGAGGAUGCGGAUGCGUCUUCGCACUCGCCGCAGACCUCUGGAUCCAAGGUGUUGCCCCAAGGUGAUGCCUCGAGCCCGGCUCCAGCACCUGAAGGCCAGAACGCGGUAUUGCGUUCGAGCCUAAGUCCAAGUGCGAGCGAGGUCCAGCUUGAUGAGACGGCGGCGAAGAACUUCGUGGCUCGACAAGUGUAUCGCUGGGAGCAGAUGCGUUCUGGACGCGUCGUUCCACCUUCGGUUGAGUACGCUUGGCCGACUCCGCGAGACUUCACGGCCUGGCAAGAAGCUACCAUGGUGACGUCGGAAUACUUGCGGAAUCGAAUGGCUGUGGACGAUCGGGAUGCGGCUUGGAUCUCCGAGCUGCGUCCUGAGCGCAGAGUUCUCGGGGUCGCUCAAGCUCUGACGGCACUUGCCAUUCCUCCGGCCAUGAUGACCGCGCGCGAGUGUGCGGCUGUUCUGGAGACCUUGCUCUUUGAAGCUGGAUUCGAGUUCGUGAAUGCGGUUCCAGACUCGUUCCUGACACACGCGUCCAAGAUCAACCCUGGAUACGUGCGAUCGGUUGCUGGAGAACUUCAGCAAGUGUUGACGAUUGAGCUCAUCGAGUGGAAGCAGCUCAUUGCCGGCAUUCCAUACAAGGUGGUGCCGGCUGUGAAACCGGAGAGUGCGUUCAACAAGUCUUCGGACCAAGGUGCUCAGUCUCAAGGUGCAAAGGAUGAUCUAUUGGUGGAGGAUUAUGAAGCCGAGCUACUCGGGCGAGCCUUUGUGUCGCAAUGUCGGAUGGCUGGGAUCAUGGCUCUGCGCAGCCCGCGAGGGUCGCCGGAGAAUGAACCUGAACCCAAGCGCCCUCAACGCCGACCUGCUCGUCCGCUCAGCAGCUCAACUCCGUCAGAUCACUCCCUGGUACCGUCGUCGAACGUGAGCCUGAACUCGGCAGCCCGUGUGAUGAGCGUCCAAGACUCUGUCCCGGACCCGCCGUCCAGUGGCAUCUCGGAUUCGGUUCCAAGUAUGAUCGGUCCAUCGGGAACCUCGGACAACUCGCCUUACACUACGUCGUUCGGGACGCAGUCGUCCAGGGAGAGCUCGUCGUCGUCGUCGCUGAUGUCUCUGGGUCACGGAGCUGCGUCGCACAUGCGUCUUAAGUUCUGGACCGAUGGGAUGUUCGUGACUCGAACGGUGAUUCCAGCACGAAGGACGCUCCCGGAUCAAGAGGACGUCGACAUAGCCGAGAUCGAGAGUGCUGAAGCGCCAAGCAGCCGGACCACAUCCAAGCAUCGGUCGUCGAGAGCGCGAAGCGUGAAGACGGAGAAGCCGUCACUUCUCGUCUGCGAGUUCGCGUCAUGGCCGGUCGCAGAGGAGUCGUUCCAGCAGGACAAGUCGUUCGAUGCGCUCCGGAUCAAGGUCUUCGUCCGCAUCUUGCAAGAGCAACAGACUGCGUUCCAAGCGCAGCUCAGCCAAGCGCAACUAAACAUGCGUCUGGAGGUGCAGCCCGAACUCCAAGGUGCCGGCAACGAGAUCCACGCGUUGAAGGAGGAGAUGGUCCGAGUGAAGGCGGAGAAGUCCCAAGUGGAGACGGCAUUAGCACAGGCUGAAGCGUCCCGCGCCGAAGCCGAACAACGUGCCCGAGAUCAAGUGUUGGAGGACCUCUGCAAACCGGAGACGUCCCUUCAUCCCUGGUCACAUGCGUCCACCGUUGAACUCACGGACUACGAGCGAGUGGCCAUUGACUCCACGCUUGGAACGCAUCCAGAGGUUGCUGAGAUUGCGGCUCGACACCUGCGCGAGCAGCACGAGGCAGACCGAGAGGACUUGGAACGACGUUGGAAGCAGCGUCUGGACGAUGUUGAAGCCGAGCACCAGCGCGCUGACGCCGACCGUAGGGUUUAG